CAAACGUUCAAACAAAACUAUUUUUUGUAACAAAGCGAUAUAAGUUAACAGCUGUGUUUUAUACAAUUUUACUAUCCAUAAAAUCAUUUUAUAUUUAUAUGAAAUACAGAUAUACUGUACAAUUUACAUUGGGACAUGCUAGAAUCAAACAAUUUAAUUAUUUUACUUGAAAAUGAAACAAAGGACGCGAAUAAUGCAAAGUGGAGAUGAUUUGGUCAUAUAUAACAUGGGGUCUAAUCAUAAUCAAGACUUGACAAACCAAACCCAGAUACAGCUACAUAGGAUGAAACCACCAGAACAUUAUAUUGAAGCGCAAGUGCUUGAAAACGAUUCUUUACAAGCUAUCGCACUACGAUUUCAUACAUCGAUUUCAGAACUGAAGAGGGUAAAUCACAUACAUAAGGAUAAUGAAAUAUUUGCAAGACGGACAAUCAAGGUACCAGUUACACCCUAUUCCAUUUUAACAGAAACAAUGCCAACAAAGGUUCUCAAUCCUGUGCCUUCUACUUCUAAAGAGAUACCAAACAAUUCACUUUUUCAAGAUCUAUAUCCAAACUUACACAACAGAGGGGCCCACAAUAAUGUACAAGAUGAUAGUUUAGCUAAAGGAAGUGACGAUUGUGAAAUUGAUUAUAACAAAAUUGUUUUGAAUAGUAAAUUAGCACCAUCAGUGAUUCCAUUCACUGACAAUGAAAUUCUGGAGCCUGUCACAGAGGACACUCAGCUUUUGCCUGGAAACAAAAGUAAAGAUACCGUCGAGACGGUGGUUGUGAAGCAGUUGACCUCACAAGGUGCAGAUUUUGGACUCAAGUGGUAUCAUUUAUUAAGCUGUAUUCUGGUUUUGGGAGUUCUAAUACCUCUCGUUUAUGUAUUUUUUAUUUUAGAUAAGCCUCAUGAGUUGUUGCAACUCCAUGCCACCAACAAUUCUAAUUUAGUGGAAACUUCCUCUGUCAAUACUGUAGUUAAAACAAAAAAUGUUGUAAUCUAAGAAUAGAGCUUUAAAGUCAAUGUUAUCUGAGAAAUAGGAAAUAUUUAUGUAUAUCUAAUUAAUAUAAAUUUCGUCAUCUUUGUAA